GGCCGGGGCUCGGUGCAGACGCCGGGAGCCACGGGAGGACGAGGCCGGAGCGGAAGAGUGGACAUGUCCACCGUGGGCUGGUGGCGCCGCCGGGUGCCCGGGGCCGUGUGGGGGCACUAGACUGUGCGCGGGCUGCGCCGUGGCCGACCUGUUGGCCUGGGGCGGGGCGGUGCCUUGAGGUGCGGUGUGGCGAGCUUUACCCUCCUCUGAGACGACUUGCAAGAGGAAGAGGGACUAGAUCCAAACGCUAGGUGGCGGUGUCCAGGUCCCUGGCAUUUUGACUCUGUUCCUGUGGAUAAGAACACUUGUUCUGAAGUUCCAGAAAGGAUCCUAUUCCCAAACAGAAUUUUUGCUGCAUGUGGUUUUGUUCUUCUCUGGAAGUAAAGCCAGAAGUACAAAACUGUCAGGUCCCUGAGUACUGACUGUCCCAGGCUGCCGCGUCUUUCCUGUUGACUCAUGUUGGGUUCCUCCAGUGAAAAUUUUCCUUAGAGAGAUGCUGCCUCCAAAGUACUUGUCUGCCACCAAACCCAAGAGGUCUUGGGCCCCAAAUCUGUGUGAGCUAGACAGUGACUUGUCUCAGGAGCCGGAUGCCGCCAUAGGAGAAGCCGCCACUGACUCUGAAUUCUUUCAUCAGAGGUUUCGGAACUUCCUCUACGUGGAAUUUGUCGGGCCUCGGAAGACCCUGCUCAAACUCCGAAACCUCUGCCUCGAUUGGUUGCAGCCGGAGACUCGCACCAAGGAGGAGAUUAUCGAGCUCUUGGUCCUCGAGCAGUACCUGACCAUCCUUCCAGAAAAGAUCAAGCCUUGGGUGCGUGCAAAAAAGCCGGAGAACUGCGAGAAGCUCGUUACUCUGCUGGAAGAUUACAAGGAGAUGUACGAACCGGAAGACGACAGCAGCAGUGACGCCCACAGCGAAGGCAGCACGAGCCGGAAGGCAGCAGAGUCCCCGCCGCCCCACGCCGCCUGCUGCGGUGGCCGGGACUGGGCCCAGGACUGGGACGGAGACUGGGAGCGAGCCCGGGAGCGGGAGCAGCGGAGGGGCAGAAGCAGGGACCUGGAGUCCCGCGCCCGCUGGCCGUACGCCCGGAGCCCCAGGAGCAGGUUUCAGCAGCGGGAUCUUUCCCUUCCUCUGAUGGAGAAAGUGGCUUUUGCAAAGGAAAGAGAGCACAAACGUCGGGGCUCUGUGAUGGAUUACGAGACGAGAUCGCAGGAUGCAGUGUCGUACCAGGAUGUGGUGGCCCUCACCGAGGACCGGAAGCCCCAGAACCCGGUUCAGGACAACAUGGAGAACUACCGGAAGCUGCUCUCGCUGGGGGUUCAGCUUGCCGAGGACGACGGCCACUCGCACAUGACCCAGGGCCACUCGUCAAGGUCCAAGAGAAGUGCCUACCCGAGCACCAGUCGAGGUCUGAAAACUAUGCCUGAAACCAAAAAGUCAGCCCAUCGGCGGGGGAUCUGUGAAGAUGAAUCUUCCCACGGGGUGAUAAUGGAAAAGUUCAUCAAGGACGUUUCGCGCAACUCCAAAUCGGGAAGGGCAAGGGAACCUAGCGAUCGGCUGCAGAGGUUCCCCAGGAGGCCAGACAGUGCCUGGAAGGAAGUUCCAUUCAACAAGAGGGAGUCGGUGAUUCAGGAGAGGGGCCACGAAGGGAAUGCCUUUGGGGGAGGAGGCUUUAAUCUGAACUCAAACCUUGUUUCCAGAAAGAGAGUUCUUGAGAGAAAAAGGCGCUAUCAUUUUGACACAGACGGGAAGGGCUCCGCGCACGGUCGGAGAGGUGGUGCAAGGAAGCGGCCCUUUGAGCGCAGCGAGGUGAGGAAGGCCGCGAGUGGGAGCAGCCUUAGCGCGCCGCCCGUCCCCCAGUCGCAGCCCUUCGACUUUGGGGCGACGCCCUAUGUGUGUGAUGAGUGCGGGAGGUCCUUCAGCGUGAUUUCAGGGUUUGUGGAGCAUCAGAUCACACACACCAGGGAGAACCUGUACGAGUACGGCGAGUCCUUUCUUCAUAGUGUGGCCGUCAGUGAGGUUCAGAAAAGGCAGACCGGAGGGAAACGCUUUGAAUGUAAGGAGUGUGGGGAACCCUUCAGUAAGAGCGCCGCCCUGGCCGAGCAUCGGAAAGCUCACGCUAGAGAUUGCCUUGCGAGGUGUAAGGACGAGGAGUGCGAGGAGCCCUUCAUGCCCAGCCCAACCUUCAGUGAGCUCCAGAAGAUAUACGGGAAAGAUAAAUUCUACGAGUGCAAGGUGUGCAAGGAGACCUUCCUUCAUAGUUCCGCUCUGAUUGAGCACCAGAAAACCCAUGGCCGAGAUGACAAAGAUAACGAGCGUGGGGAAGCCUUCAGACCCAGCCCAACGCUUAACGACUUUCAGAAGAUGUAUGGGAAAGAGAAAAUGUACGAGUGCAAGGUGUGCGGGGAGACCUUCCAUCACAGCGCAUCCCUGAAAGAGCACCACAAGGUCCACACCCGAGGAAACCCAUUUGAAAACAAGGGCAAAGUGUGUGAGGAAACCUUCAUUCCUGGUCAGUCCCUUAAAAGACGCCAGAAAACCUACCCAGCAGAGAAGCCCUACGACUUCAAAGAUGGUGGGGAUGCCUUUAGGCAAAACUCAGACCUCAUCGAGCAUCAGAAAAUUCAUUCUCGGAAGAACCUCUUUGAAGGCCGGGGGUACGAGAAGUCUGUCAUUCACAGUGUGUCCUUCCCCGAAUCUCAGAAGAGUCACACUAUAACAAGGCCACCGGAGGACGAGGAGGACGAGAAGGCAUUCACUGUCAGCUCCAAUCCUGAUGACAGCCGGGAAGCCCUGUCCUGCGAGAGGAACCCCUAUGAGAGGCCUUUCAUUCACAGCUCAGCCUUCCCUGGGGCUCAGAAAAGUCACAGCAAACCGAGAGUGAUCGCAGAGGCGACCGUACAGAGCUCGGGUGCCACCGAACAUCGGAAAGUCCACGCUGGGGAGAGUAGCUCUGAAAGAAAGGGGUAUGAGAGGUCCGUCAUCCACAGCCUAGCCGCUUUCAGGCCUCCCCGUGGUCGCGGUGGAAGUGAGCUCCUUGGCUGUGACGAGCAGCGGGAGUGCUCCGCUUACCGCUCAGACCCUCGUGGCCAGCCGCAGAAGACCCCCGCCCGAGAGAGCCCCUGCGCAGGGGGCAAGAACAACGCCUUCAAGGGCUCUGUUGUCCACGGCGCGCCCCCCACCGUGCCUCAGGACAGUCUCGCUGGGGAGGGCCCCAGUGGAUGGAAGAAGGGUGGUGAACCGUGUGUGCCCAAGUCCGAUGUGCGCGAGCAUCAGAAGGCCCGUGCUAAGAAGAAGAACAUCGAGCGCGGGGUUUACGAGACCUCUGUGAUCCACGCCCUGCGUUUUGGGGAACCUCAAACGUUUCGCCCGAGAGAGAAGUUUUACAAAUGUCCGGAGUGUGGAGAGUCCUUUGUUCAUAGCUCCGACCUCACUGAGCAUCAGAAGAUUCACGAUAGAAAGACGCCCUCUGGAAGUGAAAGCUACAUGCGAUCUGUCAUUCGCAGCUUAGCCUCCGCGGAUCCUCAGACCAGUUACGCGGGCCAGUCCGCACAGAUGAGUCGCACUGAAGCGCCAGCUCAGAGCAGUUACGUGGACCAGUCAGUGCAGACAGCUUAUGCAGGGCCACCAGCUGAGACCAUUUACCCUGAACCACCAGCUCAGACCAGUUACGCUGAACCACCAGCUCAGACCAGUUACCCUGAAGCACCAGCUCAGACCAGUUACGCUGAAGCACCAGCUCAGACCAGUUACGCUGAACCACCAGCUCAGACCAGUAACCCUGAAGCACCAGCUCAGACCAGUUACGCUGAAGCACCAGCUCAGACCAGUUGCCCUGAAGCACCAGCUCAGACCAGUUACGCUGAAGCACCAGCUCAGACCAGUUACGCUGAGCCACCAGCUCAGACCAGUAACCCUGAAGCACCAGCUCAGACCAGUAACCCUGAAGCACCAGCUCAGACCAGUUACGCUGAACCACCAGCUCAGACCAGUAACCCUGAAGCACCAGCUCAGACCAGUUACGCUGAGCCACCAGCUCAGACCAGUUACCCUGAAGCACCAGCUCAGACCAGUUACGCUGAAGCACCAGCUCAGACCAGUUGCCCUGAAGCACCAGCUCAGACCAGUUACGCUGAAGCACCAGCUCAGACCAGUUACGCUGAGCCACCAGCUCAGACCAGUAACCCUGAAGCACCAGCUCAGACCAGUUACGCUGAAGCACCAGCUCAGACCAGUUACCCUGAAGCACCAGCUCAGACCAGUUACGCUGAACCACCAGCUCAGACCAGUUACGCUGAGCAGCCAAUCCACAAUGAAUGUAAGGAGUGUGGGGAGUGUUUUGCCACUGUUGAAGGCCUUGGCAUACAUCAGAAAAUCUAUGCCCGAGAGAAAUUCCAUGGUGGGGAGCUGUUUGGAGACUCUGUGAUUCAGGGUGUGGGCCUUGAUGGACCUCGACAGGAAGAGCCUCGGCAGGAAGGGCUAGACGAGCCGGAUGAGCCUGAAGACACCAUCUAUGGGUGUAAGGACUGCGGGCUGGGCUUCGUGGAUCGCGCAGACCUCAAGGACCACCAGAAGGUUCACGGCAGAGAGUACCUCAUCGACAGCCGUGAGUACGCACAUUCUGUGAUGCACACCUAUUCUGUCAGUGAGUAUCAGAAAGAUUACAUUGGAGAGCAGCUUUAUGAGUGCCCGGCAUGUGGGGAAUCUUUCGUUCAUAGCUCAUUCCUUUUCGAGCAUCAGAAAAUCCAUGAGCAAGACCAGUUUUACGGCCACAGGAGGUAUGAUGAGCCCUUUAUGCAGCCCUUGGUCAUUAGCCCACAGCGGCCUCGGGCCCCACAGAAGAGUCCUCCUGCUGGGACGGCCCUGCAAUGCCAAGUGUGCGGACGAGACUUCAUCCACGGCUCUGUCCUUAACGAACACAUGAGAGUCCACGCUGGAGACGACCUGCUAGAGCAGGGCCAGGGAAGCACAGAUGCGGUCAGCCCAGGCUCAGCCCCCACAGACCUUCAGAGAGACCAGGCCAAGGACAAGCACUACGAGUGUAAGACCUGUGGAGAAUCCUUCCUCAGCCAGGCAGACCUUCGGGAGCACGUGAGAAUUCACGAGAAGGAUGAGCCCUAUGACUAUGGGGCCACCUUCGUGCACACCUCCUUCCUCACCGAGCCCCCCAAGAGGGAUUCACCCUUCUAUGAGUGCAAGGACUGUGGGAAGUCCUUCAUCCACAACACAGUCCUCACGAAGCAUCAGAAGCUGCACCUCGAGGAAGAGGAAGCAGCAGCAGCCGCCCAGGAAGUUGAAGCCAACGUCCUCGUUCCGCGGGAAGUUCUGCGGAUCCAGGGAUCAAACGUGGAGGCCGCAGAGCCAGAGGUGGAGGCCGCCGAGCCAGAGGUGGAGGCCGCCGAGCCCAAUGUGGAGGCGGCUGAGCCCAGCGGGGAGGCCGAGGGGCCGGAGGGGGAGGCGGCCGAGCCCAGCGGGGAAGCUGAGCAGCCCAGCGGGGAGGCCGAUGAACCGGAUGGGGCGGGGAUCGAAGACCCAGAGGAAAGAGCCGAAGAGCCAGAGGGAGACGCGGAUGAGCCGGACGGGGCGGGGGUCGAGGACCCAGAAGAGGAAGGUGACGACCAGGAGAUCCAAGUGGAAGAGCCCUACUACGACUGCAGGGAGUGCGGAGAGACCUUCACCUCCAACUCGGCCUACAGUGAGCACCUGAAAACGCACGCCAGGGUGAUAAUAUUCGAGGCCGGAAGCGUCUACGGGGAGAGCUCCCGCUACACCGAGCAUGCCAGCACCAGCAGCAGUGACAGCGGCAGGGCUGAUGACAAGUACUUCAAGUGUGACGUCUGUGGGCAGGUCUUCACCGACCGCCUGUCCCUGGCCAGGCACCAGAACACCCACACCGGCUGAGGACUCGGGUGUCAAGGUUGGAAAACCUUCACUAGGACUGGACCCUUACUAAACCACAGAGAAUUGGAACCAACCCACGAUGAUGUCGGAAGGAGGCUUCCCUUGGCGUGUACACACCUGACUUUGAACAUCAGACAGCUCAGCCUGGAAAGAAACUGAAGGUGGAGACUCCUUCGGACGUAGCUCUUCCCCAUCAGACAUCGGCGUAUGCAUGUGGGAAAGCCAUAGCGCACAUCUUACCUUCCACCCGAGUAAUUGCGUUGACGGAAAACUGGAGGGGCUUUCAAGGCUACAGAAGUCGCCUCCAUCUGUAAAUGACACUCCUGGAACCUAUAUAUAAUGAGUGUUUCCUGAGAUGUAUGUAAAAUAGCGAAUCAUAGCAAACAGUGUUCAUAUUUGGACUUAAUACGGUAUCCAGUUACAGUACACUUGCAGCGGUACCUUCCUGACCUGGUACUCUUUGAUUUUUUUUCUUUUUUUUUUGGAGGAGGAAGAGAGCAACAAAUUAGAAUAUAUUUGUAAGCAUCUUAGAUCCUUAGAAAGAUUUAUUGUGCGUUAUUUGAAUCCCAUCCAUAUUUUUUUGAGUAAUUGACUGUGUUGUUCCUUACUCUUAAAUAUUCCUGUAAAGGUGUAGGCAUGAAAGAUAAAAUGUCUUUUCCGCUUUGCUGUUUGAAAGGGGAAGUACUUGGAGCUUCCUUUUCAGCCAUUUCGUCUACACUAACACUUUGGAACCUAAUGCUGUGUAAGCCUUUACGAUACGUGGAUUGGCCUUUUGUAACCCCAAAUUGAUUGGUUGCCACCUUGUACUUUGCAGUGGUUCUCAUGCAAAAAAUAGUUACAAGUUUUGUUAUUUGUUCGUAAACCAACUUGAUGUCUGUUGGAUAGCGAAUUCACAAAAGCUGAGGCUUCUCCCUGUGCAUCUUGCGUCUUUGCCUUUCAAGAGUGGUUGCAGCCAUGCCUAGAUCGCGCGCGUGCCUGAUGAGGUUGAGAACCGCGGGGGCUCUCGUGUAAGUUAGGACAGGGCUGCCGCCUCAUCACUCCCUUUGCGCGCUCCCUGCCUUAAGCGACAAGUAGCAACGGGGCUUCGUCCGUGUGUGCCGCUACAACUCAGUUUUUGCACCCUGGGCGCCCAGGGGCGAGUAUCCUUAGAGCUUUCUAGCGUGAAACUUAAUUCUCGUCUUUACCUGUCUGACCCUCAACCCCGUGUCUAACUUGCAUUUUUAAAAAAAAAGCUUUCUUUACAGUCAACUCAAGCUUAACAUGGACUCAGGUUCCCCAGCAGCCUUAAUUUGUUUCGUUGCCAUCUGUCCCUUCCUCUUAAAGAGUGGCCCCCUAAAUAAGCAGUUGUCACCUAUCCUUCAGAGUGUCAUGUCUGUCUAGUCGCCUCGGUUUCCCGUGUGAUCACAAGUCGACCUCACAGCUCGAGGUUUCCUGUGUCCUGUUCUGUGGACCACCUGUGCUCCCUUUGCUUCCCUGCCCCUCGCAUAAUGACUAUUAAGAAAUCUUUCUGGCUUUGAGUUGGCUGGAAAAAAAAAAAUUUUAAAUUUAAAAAAAAUGUUUAAAAGAGGAUCUGGUAGAUUAAGGGAGCAGAAGAUAAGAGCUAGAUUAUUUGGGCGAGCAAAGUUAAAGUACCUGCUGGGGAAAUGUGUCUAAAUCUCCCUCUCCUAGGUCCGCACGGUUAGGGCUCGGGGAGAGCGUAUCGCAGCUGGAAGGAAUUCCUAAGUCGAAGGAGGUUGGUAGGGUGAGAGCAGGAAGCAGAAAGGAGUAAGCCAAAGAAGGGAGUCCUGAUACCGUCACCAGACCUAGGAGGGUGAGGAAGCAGACGGAAGCAACAUCAGGAGCAGGGAUGGGAAGGCCAGGAUGGGCAGAAUGAAUGAGCAGGAUAUCCUGGGCCUCUGAGAAGAAGGGGCCGUUUCGACGGCAUGGUGUAGGCGAGGGCCAGCUGCAUAAGAAGGCCCGAGGUUGGACACCUGGGAGAGCUGAGGGACAGUGGGGCACGGCCUCAGAGGAGGACCCCUGAGGUGGGGGCCGGCGUCAGCGUGGGUGGGGUGAACCCGCGUUCAUCACUGUUGGCAGUAUUAACUGGUAGAACCCUUCAGAAAGCGACUUGCCAAAUGUCAGGGUGUCCGUUCUGGCCUUUGGUUAGUAAAACAUUAGGAACAAGUUAAUGCCAAAAAUAGGAGGACAAUUAAGGGAACUUGUCGGUGGACUCCUAAUGCAGCUGUUUAAAGAUGAUAAUCAUGGAGAGUUAUGUAGCAACAUGGAAAUAUAUUUACGGGAUACUAAGUGGAAAAAACAGGACACAGAAUUAUAUUUAUACUACAGUUAUAACUGUUUAAAAAUGUAUGCUUAUAGUCAAAAGCUGUCGUGGUGGUGGUGGUGUAGGCUUAUAGUCGAGCAUUAUUUUCUUAAAUUCCUUGAAUGUUCUUCAUCGUAGUGUUACUAAAAAGUUUAUAAUCACGUUUCCAUUGUGAACAUAAUUUGAACUCAUUAUCAGGCACUUGGAAAAUACAGAAAAGUGGAGGAAGAAAAAAUCCAUAUACCCCCCAUCCAAAGACAGAUAUACUCCUCACUAUAUUGUUUAUCCUUGUUUCUGUGCACAGGUUUAUGAUUAUAACUGUGUCAAAAUGUGUACUCAGAAUAACUGUUACCUUUGUGGAAUUAUGGUUAAACACUUUCAUCUUAAUGUUUUCAGAUGUUCCCUAUAGUAGUGUCCUGAUAACAAAGUUUAUUAUGUUUGUUUCCAUUACAAGCAUAAUACGUACCCAGAGGAAUAAUUGGAAAAUACAAAAUAAAUUAGAAAAGUCGCCCAUAUCCCCAUAUCUGUUUUCUCCAUCUCAUGUCAGUGCACAAGCUUGUGAUCAUGACAGUGUUGAGUAUGUGUGCAUAAAGUCUAAAAUGAAAAAAAUAUGGAAAAUAAUUAAGAGUGUUGUCGUUGUGGGAUUAUGGUUAAACAUUUUGUCUCAAAUUCCUUGAAUGAUCUUUGGUGUUUUGGUACUAAAUCUUACGUAUGUAUUUUUCCAUUACAUAUAUAGUACAUACUCAUGGCAGACUUCGGGGAGAUUCAGCAAAGCAAAAGAAAAGAAAUUCACCCAUAUUCCCGACACCCAACAACCAUUGCUGUUGACACCUUGACCUGUGCACAGUCUGAUGACUGCGGUGUUUGUGAUGAGUAUGC